AUGCAAAACUUAGAGGUUUAAUUAUAAUUGUCUCAGACAGGAACCCAAUUCUCUCCCUAGUCGUUUGAAGAUGAGAUGUUACAAGAAUACUUAGAGAUUGAAGUGUAAAAGUAGGGCUUUUCUAUGUUAUUCGAAGAGUUGCUUGUCUGCUCCAAUAUUCCUUAGGAAGAACCAUAACGUCAUAAGAAUUUAAGUAGGAAUACCAAAAUCAACUAAUUCAGAAGAAGAUCCCACAAAGUUGUGAAGAAGUAACAAGAAAGGAAAAGAAAUUAAAAAUCAACAUAGACUUUUCUUUAGGAAAAGAAGCAAAGAGUCUUUAAUGAAUUUAAAUUAAAGGAAUUUUAAGCUUAGGGUAAUACAUAAGAGACUCAAGGGGAAUAAGGGGAAUGGCAAGGAGAUCAUUAGAGUCAUGUUUAGGAGCAUCAUGCUAUUCCCCUUAGUUUACUCAGAGAAGAUUAGAAUUUAGUGCUCCUAAACUUGUGUAAUGAUAAUUUUAAUAUCAAUGACAAUUGUAUUGAAUAGAAUAAUUACGAAAUCAACAGCAAUAAAUUUGAGAUGAAUGCAUAUUUGAUACCAAAAGCACUUGCACCAAAAAUACCAAAACUUUGA